UUAACAUCGUCUAUAAAAUUUUCGAUCCGCCAAAUCAUUACCUUCCCAACUUUCAGAUACAACACCUUUGUCAACUACCAUCUCAACAAAAUGCUCUUCAAAACUCUUCCGCUCGCAGCCUUAGUUGCCGUCGCCCUCGGCUUGCCUGCUCCGCAGCAGCCCAGCAUAACCCCGAGCUCAGUUCCGACAAAUCUACCUCAGCCGGGAGAUUCGAACGGCGGCUGGCCCUCAGCUAUCGACGGCGACCACCCUAUUCCUUCCGGUUUCACGCCGCCUGCUGGUGGCAGUUUUACCGGGCUGCCGAGCGGAUUCCCUAGUGUCUUUCCUAGCGGUCUUCCUAGUGGCCUUCCCAGUGGCUUCCCUACAAGCCGCCCAACCGGUCUUCCUACUGGUUUCCCUAACGGCGGUGUUCCCACUGGCGUCCUGACCGGCCUCCCUACCGGCUUCCCUUCGGUUCCUUCUGGCUCACCUUAGGAUUUACGAUGGCGAGGUAGCGCCAAGGGCCAUGACGAGAAGGAAUCAUUAGCUGAUGAAAUGGGAUGAGCUUAAUGUUAGAUAUUACACGAGUUUACCUCGGGGGUCCCUUUCUGAUAUUCUCGUUUUCAUCUACAUCCCCGGGUUCAUCUCCGAAGGGUUAUAGUAUGGUCCAUGGUCUUGCUUCUUGGGUUUUGUUAGUUAUCAUUUGUUUUGAGCUAUAGCUAGAUACAAGGGGGAGUUGGGGCUGGUACUGGUCAGAGCUAGUCGCAAUAUUAGUGUUGCAUUGAAUAUAGAAUGAGCUUCCAGAUGUGUUUCAUUGCAUAAAAUAUUAUGCGACUGUAUAUGGUAGUUGAUAAGGAUGCUAGGCAAU